AUGCAGAACAAUAGCUAUUGGUUCCCUCGUUGCUUUGUGGUGCGCGGGAACAGAAGGUUAUUUCUGUUGCAGAAACUAGAAGAACUAGGGCGAUUGAAAUAUGUCAAGGUCAUCAGGAGAUCUUACGAUGAAGCAAUAUUUAAAAGACAGGUCACAACAACUAAUAUGGGGAAAAGCGUCAGAACAAGAGGUUCGUCCUUGGAUCAGAGACUUGACGACAUCUGGAAGGAAUACAAACGCCAGAAAGAACCAAACACAGAAAAGAAAGGUGACCAGAAAAUAAUAUCUGUUGCAAUAGAUGUUGGAACAUCAUAUUCUGGAUAUGCUUACUCUUUUCGAAGCUCGCCAAAUGAAAUUUUCACAAACAAAUGGGAUACACAUGCUUACGAAGGGUUUUCACAUAAAGCACCCUCUUCAAUCCUUCUUGAUUCUACAUACAAUUUCAAGGCUUUUGGAUAUGAAGCGGAACUGGAAUACUCAAGACUUGUUUCAAAUCAAGAAUCAGAAAAAUAUUUGUUCGUAAAGAAUUUCGAAACAAGACUAAUGAAUGAUAAAGGACUUGAUAGAAAUCUCCUUGUUCGAGACGUCUUGAAACGGUAUGUUCCAGCACACGGUCUUUUCAUCGAAACCAUUCGGUUCCUCAAAAGGCACUUUUUAAAAGCAUUGGUUUCUGUAAGGGGACUCGAUUUUAAGGAAGACGAUAUCCAAUACGUUCUUACAAUUCCUGCAAUUUGGUCUGAUGUGGCGAAGCAGAUUAUGAGAGAGUCGGCGAACUUUGCUGGUAUCAAAUGUCAGAACCUUGAACUGGCUUACGAACCAGAAGUAGCAGCCCUCCAUUGUAGAAGUAUUCCUCUAGAGAAUUUAUGCGGAUCUUCAAACAGUUUACAAGAAAUGCUUCAGCCAGGAAGGAAGUUUGCUGUACUGGAUUUAGGAGGUGGCACAGCAGACAUGACUGUUGAACAGAAUACACUGGACGGAAGGCUGAAGCAUGUACUUAAAGCAUCUGGAGGUUUGUGGGGAGGAAAUCGUGUUAAUGAAGAAUUUUGUAGCUACAUAUCUGAAGCAAUUGGUCAGGAUAUAUUCAAUACCUUUAUGACAGAAAACAUUUGUGACUUUCUUUAUCUAAAUGGCCAGUUUGAAACAAAAAAGAGACACGUUACCAAACAUUCGACAGAUAAAAUAAUAAUGCAUCUACCUGUUACAUUAUCUGAAACUUACACUGAAAAAUCAGGCAAACUUCUUGCAAAAACCAUAAAAAAUACGAUAUACAGUAAGGAUAUCGAUGUAAACAGGGGAAAAAUUGAAAUAUCUGCAGAAAAAGUGCGUUCUUUUUUUACAAAAACAGUACAGGGGAUUGUUGAUCAUGUACGAAUGGUCAUGAGCAAACCAGAAUGCAAAGACAUAAAGCAUAUUCUGAUGGUGGGUGGCUUUUCAGAGUCACCUUUGGUUGUUGAAGAAAUUCGUGCUCAGUUUCCAACAAAAAAAGUUAUAAAUCCUGUUGACUCCAGCUUAUCUGUUCUGAAGGGUGCUGUUCUUUUUGGGUUCAAUACCGAAGUUGUUACGGCAAGAGCUUGUCCUCUUACUUACGGAAUAUCUCUCUAUGACUCUUUUGACAAAACGAAACACGAUAUUUCGAAAUCAGUAAUGAUGGGAAAGGAAAGAGUUGUCCUUGGAUGUUUUGAAAAGAUUUUUACGAUUGAUGAAAUAGUUGAUGUUGGAACUAAAAGAUCUAUUAACGUUUAUGAAAGCUACAAAGGACAACCUGAGGCUCUGAGAAAGACAAAUAAAGAAAUAGAAAUCUUCUCAUCAUCUGAACCCAAUCCACUGUAUGUAACCGAGUUAAAUUGUUCUCGUCAUGGACGAAUCAUAGUACCACCACCAAAUAACAGGUGGCCUGACAAGGUAAGAGGCAGGAUUGAAUUUGAAUUUGGACCAACUGAACUUAUUGUUCGAUACGUUGACAGAGACACUGAGUAUAUUGUUACAGGAAAUGUAGAUUUCCACGCAACAAAAACUGAACUGGAUUUGCUGAGCUCCUCAGUAAGAAAAUCAGUACAGUGA